GUUAUAACCUGUAAAUCACGUGAGGCAUUUCAAGUUGCACCACAUGUGAACUUGAGAAAGUUUGUUGACAUUUUGAAUGCAAACAAAAUCGAGAAGAUGAGUCACAUAGUGGUAAUAAGGGGCUACAAGCCCGGAGAUGAAUUACACUGUCGUGAUAUGAUAAAAGAUGCCAUUAUGACAUCCUUCAACUCUGCUUUCAUCGCCAAUCUGUUCAAAGAAGUAACGUUUCAAUUGAUGAUUCUUUGCGCUGCUAUUAUGUUUAUAUUCUUCGGGCUCCCUUUCUCCGUUUGUUUACUCGUCAUUCCUAUUGUUAUUUUUUCAACUUAUGCUGCGACUUAUCUCGGAUUCGUCAUGAUUGCUGCGGCGACGAAUCAAGAGAUAACGAAUGUUCCCAGAAUUUACAUGUCCAAUGCAUUUUCUUGCUUCUGGGUAGCAGAAGCCUUCCAACCGCAUUUGAUGAUGAGAUCCCCCAAAGACUAUCAUUACACAGUUAUGACGGAGCAACAAUUUCGCGAGGGGAACAUCGAUGUGUCCUCGCAGGCCAGGAGAAUAGUGGGCACAGUGGGCCUUUUAAAAAGCUACAAGGUCGAGAAAGGAGCGUGGAUAAAGCGCCUGUUCGUCGAGGAGAAAUAUCGUAGAAAAGGAAUAGGGUCUGCUCUACUGAGCACUGCCCUGCAAUUCGCCAUUGACGAGGGGUACAGUUGUGCAGACCUCGUGACCUCUGAGUAUGCUGAGGGAGGACGAGAGCUCUGCUUCAAGAAGGGCUUCGAACUCAAGCAGAUGUAUCACAAGCAGAUCAUUGGGCCGAUGGUCAGUUAUCUGUUGUAUGAGCUGACUUAUCAGAUUAAAGAGGAGAAUGAUUAUUACAGCCGAGGGGAGACGAAAAAUAUGCUAUUAAAGUUUCAAUGAUGUUGUUGCGCGAUUUCUUCAUUUCACAAAAAAAAAGUGAAAAAUUUCAGGGGAAAACUGCUUUCUCGAAAAAUUCUAUUCAAUUUUUAUUGAGACUCCAUAAGAAGUCUAUCACAAAGUUGUUUUUUUGUGUGCAAAUUCUAUAAAAAAUUGUGCAACUGUUCCGUGCGUUUUUCAAAUGUUUUUUUAUUAAGAAAAGUUUAGAAAUAUUGAUUUUUCUAUACUCAUUCUGUUGUAAUUUUUCCUAUAAGAAUUGUUGGGCGUGAAUUUUCCAAGUUUUGUCUUCUUGGAUUUUGUUGUGAGAAACAAUAAGAACAAUAAAAAAAUUAAUAAAUUUUUUUUUAAAUUAUGGAUAAGAAUUUCUAUAGAAAAAUUGAAAUAAAAAAUAUUGACUGCUUUUAUGAAGAAUCUUAAAGGAAAAAUAACACUUUGCAUAAUUUUUAAUAGAAUUAGGGCAAAAAAAGAAAAGAAUUGUGUAAUUGAAUUUUUAUAGAGUUCCAGGAGAAGCUAAAUCAAAUUUCUUAAAGAGAGCGCUAGGUUUUGCAAUCAAAUACUUCCCUACGUGUUUCUAUACGUUUCCGAAUGAUUAAAUAGAAGAUUCGAAUGAAACACAUUUUUUUUUCUAUUUUCAAACAAAAAGAAAUUGAGAAGUUGCAAUGAAAAAAAGUUUGAAUGCGUUUCAUUAAAUUGUUAUAUCGAACAAUAAAAAAAUUCAAUGCAUGUAUACGGUUAUCAAAACUAUUUUAAUAAUGAGGUGAAGAUCCAGUAUUAAAUGUUAAAAAUUUACUUUAUUUCUAUUUUUACAUGAUGAAUGAAUAAUUUUUGUACGAAAUAUAGAUUUUUUACAUUCCUAAA